AUGAACCCUCAUCAAAAGAACAAGGUCGACGUCAAGUCGCUCUCCCCUGAGGAGCAGCGCCUCUUCCGCCUCUACGGCAAGCUCCCGUCCCGCUCCGACCACUUCGCCAAGCACCUCAAGGACCGCAAAUACUUCGACUCGGGCGACUAUGCCAUGUCCAAGGCCGGCAAGGGCGAUGGCGUCGACGCCGGCGCUGUGGGCUCGCAGCACCCCGUCCCCGAGAACAUCCCGCACCUGUCCUCCCCCAUCAACGGCUCCGGCGGCGGAAGCGUCCCGAAGCACCACGGCUCCAUCGCCGGCGUCCAGGCCGGCAGCCCGGUGAAGGAGAGCAGCUUCCUCCACCGCGAGACGAGCGCCGAAGGAAUUACAUCCAACCCCACGGACGCGAAGAAGACUGCCGGCGCCGCAGAGCCGGUCGCUGCCGGAGAGGGCAUUCCCAUCCGGAGAUAG